GGACUGCUGCUGUGCGUGCAGCUCUGCAGGGGCACUGAGGAGCUGAGACUGGUUGACGGAGGCAGCCGCUGCGCCGGUCGGGUGGAGGUGAAGCACGAGGGCCAGUGGGGCACCGUGUGCAGCUAUGACAUCCUCUGGGAUGUCCGCGGGGCCUCCGUGGUCUGCAGGCAGCUGGGAUGUGGCACCGUGGCCAGGACUUCCCCAUACACCCCAUUUGGGGCAGGAGCUGGCCGGAUUUGGCUGCAACCCUUCUUCUGCAGUGGCACCGAGACAGCGCUCCACCACUGCUCCCACUAUGGCUGGGGCCAGCACUACUGCGGACAUGACUGGGACAUGGGGGUGACAUGCUCAGAUGCCGUGGAGCUGAGGCUGGUGAAUGGAGGUGGUCCCUGUGCAGGCAGAGUGGAGGUGAAGCUGCGGGGCCAGUGGGGGACGGUGGCAGAUAACGAAUGGGACAUGGAAGAUGCCGAGGUGGUGUGUCAGCAGCUGGGCUGUGGCUCAGCCAAAAGCGCCCAUGCCUGGAGCCGCUUUGGGAAAGGGUCUGGACCAAUUCAUCUGGCUGUCGUUGACUGUCGCGGGGAUGAGUCCGCCCUCUGGGAAUGUACUAUCAAGGGAUGGGAGCUGUACAAUGGAAGCCAUGGCUGGGAUGUUGGCGUGGUCUGCCAAGGGUUUGUGCAGCUGGUCGGUGGGGACAGUGCCUGCUCGGGUCGUGUGGAGGUCAGGCAGGGCCAAGGCUGGGCAACCCUCUGCAAGGCCCACGUGGACCUCAACGCUGCCCAUGUCAUCUGCAAGGAGCUGGGCUGUGGAGCAGCUCUGGCCGUCACUGGGGCAGCACACUUUGGGGCAGGAGCUGGGCCCAUCUGGGACGGGGGCUUUGAGUGUACAGGCAAUGAAUCCCUCCUGUCUGCCUGCACCCGCAGGCUGCCCCACGGCCAGGGCUGCACGCACAGCAGUGACGCUGGCGUCAUCUGCUCUCCCUACACAGGCUUCAGGCUGGUGAACGGCAGCACAGAGUGCACAGGGCGGGUGGAGCUGGAGGCGCACGGCACCUGGGGCUCCCUCUGCGACGCUGGCUGGGACGUGCCCGAUGCCCAGGUGCUCUGCCACCACCUUGGCUGCGGCUUUGCCGCCUCCGUGCCCCGCGGAGGGUAUUUUGGGACAGGGAGCGGCCCGCUGUGGCAGGACACUUUUCACUGCAGCGGGACCGAGUCCCACCUGGGAGAGUGCCCUGCCAUGGCGCUGGGGACCCCCGCCUGCUCACCACGCCACGCUGCCGCAGUCAAUUGCUCAGGUGGUGCUGAACCCCUGAGGCUGGUGGACGGGGAGAGCCGCUGCGAUGGCCGCCUGGAGGUGUCCCUGGGUGGGGCCUGGGGCCGAGUCCUGGCUCAGCAGUGGGAUGACAGCAGUGCAAGCGUGGUGUGCCGGCAGCUCCGGUGCGGCACAGUGCAGAAGGCCUACACCGCCCCAGUGCUGGGGCCAGGCUCAAGCCCCCUGGUGCUGGGCGGGCUCCGGUGUGCGGGCACGGAGGCUCACCUGGCCCAGUGCAACGCCACACUGCACAGCACCGUGCCACCGGGCCACGUCAAGGAGGCAGUGGUUGUGUGUUCGGGGAGCCAGCAGGUGCGGCUGGCGAGCGGCCCUGGGCGCUGUGCUGGGAGAGUGGAGAUCUACGUCCAGGGGACCUGGAGCCACGUCUGCGAGGAUGCCUGGGACCUCCGGGACGCCAUCGUCGUCUGCCGCCAGCUGGGCUGCGGAGAGGCCCUGGCAGCGCCCGGCUCGGCCCACUACGGCCGGGGCUUGGGGCCAGUGUGGCUGGGUGCCGGCGGCUGCUCCGGAGCCGAGGCAAUGCUCUGGGACUGCCCAGCCCCAGCCCCGGCCCCAGCCCUGGGGCAGCGUGGUUGCAAGCAGGGCGCCAGUGUGGCAGCCAUCUGCUCAGGUCAGUGCUCCCUGCAGCUGGCGGGCGGCAGCAGCUGCACCGGGCGCCUGGAGGUCUUCUACAAUGGGACAUGGGGCAGCGUGUGCGCCAAUGGCACCAGCCCUGCGACAGCCGCCGUGGUGUGCCGGCAGCUGGGCUGCGGAGCCACGGGACAGCUGGCAUCUGCACCGGCAACCACACAGGGCUCAGGCCCCGCGUGGCUGGCCUGGGUGCAGUGUGAGCUGGGGGCCGACUCCCUCUGGCACUGCCCCUCAGCACCCUGGCACCUGCAGCCCUGUGACUUCCCUGGAGACACCCACAUCACAUGUGACGGGGACCCUGGCAGCACCAGAGCAACUCCCACGCCAGCCAUGGCAACUGGCUGUCCAGACGGCGCAGCCUGCACAGGUGCCCACAGGAGCCCCACAGCGGGUGCUGGGGCCAUGCCAGUGCCCACCAUCCUCUGCAUCAUCCUGGGGACCCUGCUCUGCCUGGCCCUGGGGGCUCUCGCCAUGCAGGCAUGGCGCACCAUGGCUCAGCACAGAGGCCCUGGCAGAGCUGGGGACACAAUCUCCGAGGCCGUCUAUGAGGAGCUCGACUAUACUCUGACGCCGGAUUACCAGGAGGUGCACAGUGGCUCAGACACCCCUGCCCUGUCCAGGCAUGACCCCCCGGAUGGGUACGAUGAUGCCGUGGCCAUGCAGCACCCGAGAGAGGCCGCUGCUCUGGGGCUGAGUGACGGAGAUUUCUCUGAGGCAGCGGCGCUGGGAGUGGGGAGCCGGCCCUCACUGAGCCACCCGGAGCCGCCGGGAGCCACAACAGACGCCCCAGCCUCAGUGCCCAAGGACGUGGGCUACGAUGAUGUUGGCCUCAGCGGCCCCAGGACGUCACUCCGAGCAUCAACAGUGCUGCCCGAUGCAGCCAUGGUGGAGCAGCUGGCAGGCUUCCUCUCCUCACUGGAGGUUUCCCUUGCUACUGUCAAGCUCGCUCGCAAGGGCAGCACAGCACUCUGGGCUAUCAGCCACUCCUCCUGGUUUUCGAUCAUCAGCACACUUGCUGUGGGUGCACUCUGUCCCCUCAUCCACGUCACUGAGGAAGAAGAUGAACAGUACUGCACCCAGCAUGGACCCCUGGCAGAUACCGCUAGCUGGCUAGCUACAGGCCUCCAACUAGACUUUGUGAUGCUCAUCACAACCCUCUGA